AUGCCACCAUUACCACCACCAAAACCGCGUAUUAAUUUCGAUGAAAAAAUGAAUGCUACCACUGAUUAUUAUUACUCCGAACAAACAAGAGGAAAUGAUCAAGUAAUAACACGUGCGCAUUCUGCACUUCCAGCAUCCGUACGACCAAUUCCAAGCGUACGUGUUGCAAGUCCAAUUACUGAAGAACGUACAGCAACACCACGUGCAAUAGAACCUGAUCUAGUCGCUAAAGAUAGAUAUGAUCCAGCCAGUAAAUGCUUUUCCUAUGUACCAGCUCGUGCACUUAGUGAACAUUUUACGGCACCACGAAAACCACAACGUUUGAAGAUUGAAGAAACAGCUACAUCAGCAUUAAACAUUUCACCAUCACCAUCUGAAAUUGCUUUAGUACCAGUUAAAUCAACCGAUCUACAACGACUCCCUGAAACACCAAAAUGGGAGGAUGAUAUUGAUAAGAUAACGAGCAGUACUUUUUUUGGUCAAAAUAGCAAAAUAACAAAUAUAAACGCUACACCUAUUAAUUUCAAUCAUACCGGUAAUGGUCCAAUUGCAAAUUCAACUCCAAAAAUCGAAUCAUCAAAAACGGAUCGUCCGAUAAAUGAUGAAGAGAAACCUGUUAUUAUAGAACAAGCAAAACAUGUAUCAAAACGACGAAAAACAAAAUAUGGUUCAUAUAAAACAUUAAAUAAUGACGCAUACAGCAGUGAUUUGGAUGAUUUUUGCGAUCCGGAUUUUUAUCUUGCAUAUACAUCACAAGCAACAAUGCCAAUUACAAAUAAUACAAACGAAUCAGGUAAAAUAAACGGUGAUCUAAAUAGGACGAGUAAAAAUGAGCCUAAUUUUGUAAAUAAUUCAACGAUAGCAGCAACAGCAACAACACCAACAACAGCAGGAAAAACGGUAGCAGAAGCAACAUCAAAAUUAAACGAAUCAAAUUUGAGAAAUAUCAAAAUACCGGGGAAAAAACCAUUCUAUCAGUAA